AUGAAUUUUAUUUUAAAAUUUUUAGUCAAAUUCUCAUCAACUUCUGCUUACAAUGGUAAUCAAUCUUUUCCUCAAUCCGGCUAUGGAUUUAUUGAUUUUGUCUCAGAAGAUGCUGCCAAUGAAGCAUUACAACAAAUCAAAGAAACACAUCCAUCAUUUACAAUUAAAUUUGCAAAAGAGAAUGAAAAAGAUAAAACCAAUUUGUAUGUGACAAAUCUGCCAAGAACAUGGACAACUAAAGAUAGUGAUCAAUUGAAAGCUGUAUUUGAACAAUUUGGUCAUAUACAAUCAGCAUUUGUUAUGAUGGAACGUUUAACUAAUAAAACAACUGGUGUUGGUUUUGUACGAUUUGUCAAUGAACAAGAUGCAAUGAAUGCUUUAGAAUCACUGAAACUACAUCCUCUCACUUUACCUGAUUGUUCUGUUCCAGUUGAAGCAAAAUUUGCCGAUAAACAUAAUCCUGAUACAAGAAGACGACGUUAUCCUGGCAUGAUGACGAUAACAACAACACCGACAACAACAGCGACAACAACCGGUGCAGCAGCUGCUGCUGCAGCCGCCGCCGCCGCCGCUGCUGCCGCUGCCUCAGCCACCAUGAUUGCUAAUGUGAAUUAUAAUAAUACUUUAUUAAAUUGUCCUUUAUAUACAACAACACCGAAUGGUAGUUUAACGCUGACAUCACAUGAUGCUGCUUUAGCAUCAUUGGCUACAUUGUUGAAUACAGGUUUAGUCAGUCCAUCGAUUAUUAAUAAUCCAUUGGCUAAUUUCUCUGCAUUACAACAACAACAACAACAAAAAUCGACCAAUGAUUUUACGUCACAACAUUUCAACUCAGAUUUACUGAAUGGUUUUAUACAACCAAUGAAAUUUUCUAAUGAUUCAUCAUCGCUGAACAAUAAUACUACUUGUAAUAAUAAUAAUAACAGUAGUACUACUCCUAAUAUGAAUCAUCAUCAUCAUCAUCAUAGUAGUAGUAGUAGUAACAAUCAUAACAAUCAUCAUACAAAUGGUUUAAUAACAGAUUUCACUGUCAAUGGAACACGUGAAUCGAAUUUAGCUGCAUUAGCCGCGGCUGCAGCUGCUGCCAAUGUAGCAGCAGCAUCAACAAUAUUCUGUGGAUCACCAACAACCAAUAAUUUCAUGAAUAAUUGUUUACGUUCUAAUUCUACAGCGAAUGGUGUAGCGAAUUUAACUAAUGGUUUAUUGACAGCUAAUCAAAUUGCUUUACUUAGUGGUACAACGGGUAUACCUUCACCAGAUACAAAAUUAUUUGAUCCAAAUUUAUAUGGAUGUUCAUUAUAUGGAACGGAUUAUUAUCGACCACAGCAACAAUCUCAUCAACCAAUCCAACAACAACAAUCCCAGAAACAACAACAACAACAACAGCAACAACAACAAUUAUUGUCUGUUGCUAUGGCUGCAAUGACUAAUCCAACAAUACAAGGCUGUAUUUAUCCUACAACACCAGAUUUACAAACUACAUUCAAUGCAACUUAUCAGAAUUUUUUUAGUCCACACAACAAUAAUAGUAAUAAUAGUAAUAACAGCCAAAUUAAUAAUAAUUCAACAACUGAUCCUUUAGGCAAUUGUUUAACUGGUACAUCAGAGAAUAUUGCUUUCAAUGGUACUAUAUAUGCUACAAAUCAUUCACAACAGUUAUCAUCCACUCCAAUUCAAGGUUCAAUGACACAUAUACCGGAUACAAUCAAUGGUAGUCAUCAUCAACAACAUCAUUCUCGACCAGAGAAUGGAUUAUAUCAAUGGUUAAUACCGAGUCAUUUAUUGAAAACAACUAGUAAUACUACUAACAACAAUACUAGUAAUAGUAAUAGUAGUAAUAGUAAUAAUAAUGAUUGUCAUAUGACAACAAUACCAGCUUCACCGGCAUUUUCAUUAAAUCCUACUAAUAAUCAUUUAAUUGGAUUAGAUAAAACUAAUCGACAUGUGCAAAUGUUAUUAUAA